UAUCUGGCAAAGUUCAUCCAAUAUGGCUGUCACAUUUAGCUGUCAUUGAUAGUGACGUAUUUACUGCUAUCAUUGUUAUAAACAAUCAAACAUUAUUGAUAAAAAUCAAUUAUUCAAUUUAAAGUGUUAAAUAUCAAAAUGUCUACAGUUGGUCGUUCCCAGUCUCUGCUAACUAAAGCAAAAGAACCCGCUGUAGAAGAAUCUCAUCAAAAUGGAGGUGCUGACGGUGAACAACUGAAACGGCAUCAAUCUCUUCCUUCAAUGGCGCUAGAAGCUUCACCUGAUUCAACGACUCCCAGCCAGGCGAGUAGCCCUGACAUGUUUGAUGAUUCUGAUCAGGAGCCAUCUGUGCAAGUAUUGACUUCACAGUCAAGUUUUGCAUCCAGCAGCCAGGAAUCUGAGUCUGGUAACAGCAGCGAGGACGGAAUUGUCAUCGACAUCGCGUACCUCCGAUAAAAUUUAUUAUAAAUUUGAGUAAUGAUUCCUGCGACAAGUCUAGUUAUUGGAAUAAUUUGUUUUUUAAUUCAUAUUAAUUUUAAUAUUAAUCAAUACUUAUGAUAAAUAAGUAGUAAUAUGAGUAUUAUUGAACGUACUUUAAAUUAAAAAAAUUUUAGUAACGAUUAAACAAAUA